GCGGUUUGAGAUUUCUUUUCGUACGCAAGGGUGCGCGCGGACAGUUAGCAACAGUAUUCCCGAGCACUCCGCAGUGCCUUGUUCGCCGUUAGGAGUCUGGUUUCUUCGACGCCGCUCUCUCUCCCCCUCUCCGCGGAUUAUUACUGCCCCCUCCUCGAGUGGCCGGAAGCGGGAUGUGAUGUAGAAAUCACAUUGAAACUUUUUUUUUUUCCCUUCUUGUGUGUGCAGACCUUCCGAUGCACUGAAAGACAGUGAGAAACAUCAACUUUUUGAUAAUGAUCUGGGAAUUUUAAUUAAUCUUCGCCUCUGGAUGCGAUCGCAGCGGAUGUAGAGAAAUAGCGGAACACCGGCAAGAUCACACAACAGAGAUGUAGUCUCUGUUCUCAGGUGUCCACUGACGUCCCCUGCCCAACAUGCUGUUGUUUGUGCUGCUGGUCCUGCAGAGCUACGCACGUGCUCAGAUAGACCCAGCACACUGCCGCUACCCUCUUGGCAUGGAGGAUGGCAGGAUCAAGGACGAUGAAAUCACUGCUUCUAGCCAAUGGUAUGAGACCACAGGGCCACAGUAUGCCAGGCUGAAUCGGGAGGAGGGGGACGGGGCCUGGUGUCCAGCGGGCCUGCUGCAGCCCUCGGACGUGCAGUUCCUGCAGCUGGACCUGCGGCUGCUCACCUUCGUCACCGUGGUGGGCACCCAGGGCCGGCACGCCCACGGCACGGGCAACGAGUUCGCCCGCAUGUACCGCCUGGACUACAGCCGGGACAACGAAGUCUGGAAGUCCUGGAAGAAUCGCCUCGGCAACAAGAUUGUGGAGGCGAACGAUAACGCCUACGCCUCGGUGAUAAAGGACCUGCGUCCCCCGAUCAUCGCUCGAUACCUGCGCAUCAUUCCCGUCACCAGGCUCCCCACCACCGUGUGCAUGAGAGUGGAGCUGUACGGCUGCCCCUGGCACGAUGGCCUGACUUCUUACAGCGCUCCAGAGGGGCAGGUUAUGGCAGCGCCUGGCUAUCCAAUCACCAGCCUCAACGACUCCACGUACGACGGCUACCUUGAGCGCCGGAAACUCUUUGAUGGGCUGGGUCAGCUGACCGACGGCGUGAUUGGACAGGACGACUUCCUCCUGACCCGGCAGUACCACGUGUGGCCCGGGUACGACUACGUGGGCUGGAGGAACGACAGCCUGGGGCCCGGCUACGUGGAGAUGCAGUUCAUCUUCGACCGGCCCAGGAAUUUCACUGCAAUGAAGGUGCACUGUAAUAACAUGUUCUCGCGGGGGGUGAAGAUAUUUUCCUCGGUGUCGUGCGCGUUUAAGCCCCGGCUGGUGGGGGACUGGGAGCCCCAGCCGGUGGAGUUCCGCACCGUCCUGGACGACCGGAACCCCAGCGCGCGCUACGUGACCGUCCCGCUGGACCGGCGCGCCGGCAAGGCGCUGCGCUGCCGCUUCUGGUUCGCCGACGCCUGGAUGCUGUUCAGCGAGAUCUCCUUCCUGUCCGAUGCAGUGAUCCCCACUCAGGCUCCGCCUCUGACGACCACUUCCUUUCCCAAGGUGGAGACGGCCACGCCCACAGCCAUGGCCACGCCCACACACAGAAUAGAGACCACUCCUGUGAUCAAAGAUAAUCCUGAAGAGGGGAACACGUCUAUUCUGAUUGGCUGCCUGGUGACGAUCAUCCUCUUGCUGGUGGUGAUAAUCUUCCUGAUCCUGUGGUGUCAGUACGUGUGCAAAGUCCUGGAGAAGGCCCCCCGCCGCAUUCUGGAGGAGGAAGUCACGGUCCGUCUGUCCUCCAGCAGCGACACCAUCAUCCUGCAGACCCCCCCGGUGCCCCCCCGGGCGUCCCAGCUGGACUCCCCCUACGAGAGGGUCUUCCUGCUGGACCCCCAAUAUCAGGACCCCACAGCACUGAGAAACAAACUGCCUGAGCUGUCUGAGAGCGCAGAGGCCUCAGGUUGUGGGGGGGGCUACGCGGAGCCCGACGUGACCCAGUGUACCCCACACCAGUGCUUCCAGACCAGCGUACCGCACUACGCCGAGACCGACAUCGUCAACCUGCAGGGCGUCACCGGGAGCAACAUGUACGCCGUGCCCGCCCUGACGGUCGACUCGCUGACGCGCAAGGACAUCUCCGCGGCGGAGUUCCCCCGCCAUCGCCUGCUGUUCCGCGAGAAGCUGGGGGAGGGGCAGUUUGGGGAGGUGCACCUGUGUGAGGCGGAGGGUCUGGCUGAGUUUUUGGGGGAGGGCGCACCCUUGCCUGAACGGGAUGGGAAACCGGUACUGGUAGCAGUCAAACAGCUGAGAGCAGACGCCACCAACAACGCCAGGAAUGACUUUCUGAAAGAGAUUAAGAUCAUGUCCCGGCUGAACGACCCCAACAUCAUCCAGCUGCUGUGUGUGUGCGUGAGCUCCGACCCGCUCUGCAUGGUGACCGAGUACAUGGAGAACGGCGACCUCAACAUGUUCCUGUGCCAGCGGGAGAUCGAGAGCACGCUCACACACGCCAACAACAUCCCCUCAGUCAGCCUGUCGGACCUGCUGCACAUGUCGGUGCAGAUCUCCUCAGGUAUGCGCUACCUGGCGUCGCUCAACUUCGUGCACCGGGACCUGGCCACACGGAACUGCCUGCUGGACCGGCGGCUGACCAUCAAGAUCGCCGACUUCGGCAUGAGCCGCAACCUGUACAGCAGCGACUACUACCGCAUCCAGGGCCGGGCGGUGCUGCCCAUACGCUGGAUGGCCUGGGAGAGCAUCCUGCUGGGCAAGUUCACCACCGCCAGCGACGUGUGGGCGUUUGGGGUCACCCUGUGGGAGAUCUUCACUCUGUGCAAGGAGCAGCCCUACAGCCUGCUGUCCGACGAGCAGGUCAUAGAGAACACUGGCGAGUUCUUCAGGAACCAAGGCAGACAGAUCUUCCUGUCUGCCCCGCCCCUCUGCCCCCCCUCGCUGUUCGAGCUGAUGAUGUGCUGCUGGGCGCGAGACGGCAGAGACCGGCCCACCUUCGAGCGUCUGCACCAGGCCCUGCGACCGCACACCACUGCCCCCCGGAGGACUGGGGGACUCAUGGCACCCCUCUACUAAACCCCUCCCCCUAACUUUACUCUCUCUCUCUCUCACAUGCACACACGCAUGUGGACGCCUCUUUUUAAACAAACACUAAAUGGUGAUGAACUUGCCAGUGAAUGAGAGCAAGAGAUCGAGAGUGAGCAAGAAGUUCGGAGGGAUAAGUGGACGGAUAAGGAUGGAGAAGGUAGGCGGGACUUCCUGAAAACCUGCCUUCAUCGUUGGUUGGUGUGAAGUUAUGACCAUUAUUAUUAUUUUUUAUUCAUUGAUGCUCCAGAAAAGAAACUCCCUCUCUUUAACGAGAUCCUUCACCUUUCUUGUGGUUUUAUUACAAAAUUUUUCUUCAAAUGGUACCGAUUAACAACCAUCAACACUUUUCAAGCCUGAACGCGCAGUUUGAACGUCAGCAACUGGACUCUGUUGUCUGUUGGCCCUGUGGUUUUUGUAUUGUAACGCACUGCUGUUUUUAAAUGUGUGUGUUUUUUUUUAUUGUUUAUGUUCCUUAUUAACCCCCCACACUGGAGUUAGCAUUAGAAUUACUGUGUUUUUUUUGUAUUUAGUAUUUUGUUUUCUUUCUGAACAUGAAUGUUAAAACAGAUUAGUUUGUAUAACGCCUGGUUUCGACCUCUGGCUGAAGCAGAACUACUGUCGUAGCGUUUUUCAGGAGCGGGUUGGGGAGCCAAUAUUGGACUGAUGUGUAAUGGGCCACACUUGUCUCUCUCUCUCUCUCAGCCCCCCCUCCCAUUUCAAUGCAACUGUCUGAACCAAACCCCCCCCCCCCCCCCCCCCCCCCCCCUUCAGCUACAUUCUGCAGUGGACCCUGCCAUUCUGCCAAUAUCACAAGAGUGGUCUACUUCACGUGUACAUUCAUUGAACCGUGUUGUAUUUGCGUACAUGCCUUGCCUAUCAGUGGUACAGGAGGUUAACAAAAUCUGGCCCCCCGUCCCAGAGUCUGCCAGGAUUAGGAAUUCUGUAGGAGGAAUACUCCGCACCACUCUUCCAACAGAAAGCCAAUCAGGUCCCUCGUGUUUGAUGGGAGAGGAAUUCCAGAGUGUUCCGUAAACGCUGGACUGGAUCGUUCGGAUCUGGUGGCUGAGAAGGGCGUGUCACACGGAUAACUUCACGUGUUUUUGUUAGUCAGCUGAACUUGUCCGCCGCAGUGUCAUUCAAAUCUAAUUGGCUAAUUUUUGGGGUUACUCGAGCCUGGGGUUCGUGUACUUUAUCUUUUACUGGGACCCCUGUGUAAAUUAGGGGUUCAGGUGUAUUGGGGUUCAGAUAAUUUAGGGGAUUUUUCGGGGGAGGGGAGAAUACCUAUCGAUGGCACAUGCCCAUUGAAGGGAGAGCAUUCUUAUGAUCUUGUUGGCCUGAGAAAUCUAAUCGCAGUUUCUAGUUUGUGUACCCAAUCCCUUUUUCGUAUGAAUUUGCUUUUCCGUACGUUUUUGACUUUGCUGUUGCCUUUGUAAUUUUUUGUUUGCAUGCACCCUCUGGGGUGAACACAUGACUAGCACGCUAGCAUUAGCAUUAGCAUCACUGAGAUUGCCAUUUAACGUGGGCCUGUAGAAUACAGCUACGUAACGUCUGUACCCUUUCUUUCCGCUGGCUGCCACUGUCGCCGUUGCUGCCACUUUACGUUAUUGCUGACUGUGUUAAAGGUACAUGUUGGAGAGCCAAUCAGGGGCCAGUGGGAUGUGGCUUUCUGGAGGUGUGUUAGACAUUCCUGGUACAGGGAUAUUGAUUGAUUGGGUGGUGGUGUUUGGGAUGGGAGGACGGGGCUACAUUUAUGAGCCCCAUUGUGCAAUACAAUCUGCAGUGGGAGGGGGGAGGGGCAGGGAAACCACUAAACUCCAUCUCCCAGAAGCCUUUGCUGAAAUGAGCCUGUGUCUUUCCUGUUAUCACUGAGCAGGAAGUGUGUGUAUCUCAGCCUGUUUGGGUGAAUGGCAGUAUUGAGUGUAAGUGUGAGUGUGUGCAUGCGUACGCAAGCGUGUGUGUGUGUGUGUGUGCGCAUGUGUGUGCUAACUGACUGGGUGUUCAUUGUGGAGAUGGAUAUGGCAACAAAUCUUGAUAUAGCGACACUUUCUGGUUUUCUGUCUUUUGUUAUAUCAAUCCGUAAUCUCUUUUUGGACUCGUGUGGCCAUCAUGUACAUAGUAUAGUCAGAAUAGAGUUGUACAGUAAUAUAUUGGGAGUUUAGGAGGACAUUCCUGCACCAUGCAUUUUACUUCAUUUUCUCCUUUCAUGAAAUCAAUCAUUAAACAGAACAAGAUCUCCACUUU